AUGCUCCCCACCCGUUCGCUCGUCGGUGCUGCUAGAACAGCACUUUAUCAGGCUCCUCGUCGAGGAUACGCCGCAGCGAGUCCAACAGCCGCUUUUGCUGGAAAGAAGGACGCAAGUGGAAAGUACACUGUGACGCUCAUUCCUGGAGACGGUAUUGGACCGGAAAUCAGCCAGUCUAUCAAGGAUAUCUACACGGCUGCAAAAGUCCCAAUUCAGUGGGAAGAAGUCGAUGUCACUCCAAUCCUCGUCAACGGAAAGACUGCAAUCCCUGACGCCGCUAUCCAAUCCGUCAAGAAGAACACUGUAGCACUCAAGGGUCCUUUGGCUACCCCAAUCGGAAAAGGUCAUGUCUCCCUCAACUUGACCCUCCGGAGAACAUUCAACCUCUUCGCAAACGUGAGACCGUGCUUGUCGAUCCCAGGCUUCAAGACUGCGUAUGACAAUGUCGACACUGUCCUUAUUCGCGAGAAUACCGAGGGAGAAUACUCUGGUAUCGAACACGAAGUUGUCGACGGUGUCGUUCAGUCGAUAAAGCUAAUCACAUGGGAUGCCUCCGAAAGGGUCGCGCGCUACGCGUUCAACUAUGCGCAGAGCCAGGGACGAAAUAGGGUGACUGCCGUUCACAAAGCAAACAUUAUGAAAAUGUCCGACGGAAUGUUCUUGAGCGCCUGCCGUCAAGUCGCAAAGGACUAUCCAAACAUCAAAUACGACGAGGAUCUUCUCGACCGUGUCUGCCUGCAGAUUGUCACCAACCCGGGUCCCUACUCUGACCGUGUCAUGGUCAUGCCCAACCUCUACGGAGAUAUUCUGUCAGAUAUGUGCGCUGGUCUCAUUGGCGGUUUGGGUUUGACACCAUCGGGUAACAUUGGAAGGGAUGCUUCCAUCUUCGAGGCUGUUCACGGUUCCGCUCCAGACAUUGCUGGCAAGGGUCUUGCAAAUCCUACCGCACUCCUCCUCUCGUCGAUCAUGAUGUUGAGGCACAUGAACCUCGGUGACUUUGCCUCGAAAAUUGAAAAAGCCGCGCUUGCUACAAUCGCUGAAGGCAAGAGCAUCACUGGAGACCUGGGUGGAAAGGCUAGCACAAAGGAGUACACUGCGGCCAUCAUCUCCAAGCUAUAG